AUGUCCUGGCUCACUACGUUACAUUGGAGUCUGUCACCAGGAGUGCUCUUUGCAUCAAUUCUUCUAAUUUUCGCACUGGUGAAAUCUCUCCUGGGCCGACUUUCUCGUCAUUCCCUACCACCAGGACCGCCAGGGAUUCCGUUCUUAGGAAACGUGAAGCAGCUAUCAAAUUCUCUCUGGGUUACCUUUCGGGAUUUACAGUCGACUUACGGACCUCUCAUUUAUAUAUCAGUCUUCGGGAAGGAUAUCAUCGUUAUUAACAGUCAUGAAGUAGCUUCAGACUUACUAGACAAACGAGCUCGAAUAUAUUCAGAUAGGCCCGACGCCUACGUUGGCUCAGACGUCCUAUGCGGUGGCCUGGUCAUGGUUCUGGCCAGAGUCGGAGACAAGUGGCGCAAAAUGAGAAGGGCCGCAGCAGAAGGUCUUUCUAAGAAGACUGCACAAGAACUACAACCGGUUCAGGUCCGCGAAGCUUUAAUGCUCGCUGAGGCUAUAAUUGCAAAACCUGAUAACUGGAGUCAUUUGUUUCGAGAGUCCGCGGCUCUCCUAGUCUAUACACUUACAUAUGGGCUCUCUGCUGGACGAUCAAACGCCUUUGCCGCCUUGCCACAGAUCAACCAAUUUGUUGAACGUCUAGUCACGGCUACAUAUCCAGGUGCUCAUCUUGUAGAUUUCUUUCCGUGGAUGAAACAUCUUCCAAGUUUCAUGACACCAUGGCGGCGUGAAGCUGAAUAUUACUUCCGUGAAGAUUCAAAGAUGUUUCAAAGUCUUUAUGGAAAUGUGGAAAAUCUGAUCGCCGAAGGGGACAGUCAGAGUAGUUUUGCGGCGACUUUAGUCACGGAGCACAGUAAAAACCACGAUCUAAGCCGGUUAGAGUCCUCCUGGCUCUCAGGAACAAUUGCCGCAGGUACCGAAACGACAUCCGGUACUCUUACAUGGUUCGUUCUCGCAAUGACUAUCCACACCGACGUGCAGAAACGUGCUCAUGAAGAAAUCGACGCCGUGGUAGGGAGAGAUCGUCUACCGACCUUUUCUGACAUGGACCAAUUACCAUUUGUUCAAGCUAUCAUUCGCGAGACCCUUCGUUGGAACCCUGUAAGCCCAAUAAGUAGCCCUCAUCGUACCAUGGAGGACGACUACUAUAACGGCUGGUAUAUACCAAAGGAUACGAUUGUCCUUCCCAAUGUUUGGGCGAUGAACAGAGAUAAGUCAGUUUACGGCCCCGACGCUGAUGAAUUCAAUCCGAGUCGUCAUCUCGACCCAAGCGGGACGAUUCUUCGAACCUUCCAAAAUACCAAAGGGGAAGGGCACGGAAGUUGGGGUUUCGGCAACCGGCUAUGUAUUGGACGAUUUGUCGCUAAAGAUUCAUUAUUCAUCAACAUUGCCAUAAUCCUGUGGUCCUUCGAUAUUAUUUCUACUUCGGAGAAGCCACCCAAAGACGAAUUCGUGAACACUGGGCUUAUCGUCCGCCCAGCUCAUUUCGAGUGCAAAUUUGAACCUCGAUUUCCAGAUGUACCGUCACUCAUCAAAGCCCAAUUGUGA